CAAAAUGUCGUCACGCCUUUUGCCGAUGCCACCGACUUCUGGAGAUACAGUAAAUGAUGAGUCAACCAAAAAGGGGAAGCCUUAUAAGAUCUUUUUCAAAGAUCUCUUUCUUUUCAAAGAAAAUGAAAUGAUGGCAAGGAAAAAGGAAAAAAUGUUGAACCGUAACAGGAAAAUGCACCAAAAGUCUACAUUUUCAUCUCGAAUGAAGAGUCGUUCACACCUGAGCAAGAUAGCAUUCUCCUUGGACACAGCUACCAGCUCCUUUGAAAAAUUUGGGCUGGAUCCUGCUCUUGUUCUCAGAUUAACAGAAGGUACAGACACAAAAAGGACUCUUCAUGAAUUUAUUAAUGACCAGAGAGGCAGGUUUCUGCUUGAGUAUACUCUGUCCACCAAAAGGAACACAAUCACCAAGUUUGACAAAUACAUAGCAAUGAAGGAACGGCAACUCCUGAAGGCAGAAACCAAGCUCCAAGAUGACGCAAUGGCCUUUGAAGAAUUCCUUCGAGAAAAUGACCAGCGAUCUGUCGAGGCCCUUAAAAUCGCAGCACAAGAAACUAUAAACAAGCUCCAAAUGACAGCAGAGCUCAAGAAAGCGAGCAUGGAGGUCCAGUCAGUGAAAAGUGAAAUAUCAAAAACAGAAUUCCUCCUUAGAGAGUAUAUUAAAUAUGGAGUUUUUCUUCUGAAAUUGUCUCCAAAACAUUGGCAACUCCAGCAAGCAAUGAAAAGGGCGCAAAUAUCAAAGAGUAAAGAAACUAUGGAGGUCUCUCUUCCAAAAAUAUUAACAACAAUUUGGGUAGAACUUCUCAUGUUGAAUAAGAGUAGUGGGAGCAAACAUCCUUGCCUUGUUCCUAGUCUUCAGAUGAUGCAGUUUCCACCACUAAGUGAAAUGUUAGCUGUAGGAUCUGAAAGUAUAAGUUCAAAUGAGAGUCUGGAAUUCUUGUUAGAAGAUGAAAUGGUCUAUGAUCUGGAACCAGAGCUUUACUUCAAACAACCAGAAGAGUUACUUCAAGUCCUCACAGAGCUGGAAGAGCAGAAUCUGACCUUGGUGCAAUAUUCCCAAGAUGUAGAUGAAAACCUUGACGAUGUGAAUAAAAGAGAAAGACUUAUACAGGAUAAAAUAAAUAGCAACAUAGAGUUUCUUUUGGAGCACAAGGAAAUACUUAAGGCUAACUGUGUGAGAGAAGAGGAGAAAGCAGCAGAACUGGAAUUAAGGUCCAGGUUAUUCAGUUUUGGACAAUUUAAUUCAGAUGCUCAGAAGCAGGCAAUGGGGCAGACUGAUACCUGGAGAAAGACUAACUUUGCCCUGCAGUUUAUUGAGGUCCUCUUAACUGCGAAUUCCGAGUACACAGUGGAGACAGAGGAUGAGAGUUUUCUUUCAAUCCCGAAACACAUUAUAUACCAGCUCAAACAUCUCUACCACCAGUUGAAACGGAAGAGUGGCCAGGAAAAACUGAUAGACUCUCUUAGCAAAAAAAUUAAUCAAGUAUACAGAGUCUGCAUCGGAGAUGAUGAGGUUGGUAGCCUCAACCCGAUCCAAAAGCUGGUAAAAGUAGAGUCUCGCCUGGUGGAACUGAGUGACCUCAUUGAAGCCAUUCCCAAAGAAAAUGUGGAGGCUAUUGAGAGGAUGAAACAGAAAGAACGACGGCAAAAGCUGCGUGAGGAGAAAAUUAAGGAAAAACAAAGAUACCAGGAAGAAAGGCUAAAAGCUGCUCUGGAAAGAGCAGUAGCACAACCAAAGAAAAAGGUGGGAAGACGACUUGUCUAUCGUUCAAAACCUUCAUCUGAUAACAAACAACUCUUUUUAGUCAAGGAUACAAGAACAAAAUCAUUAGAGACUGAAUAUUUUUUCACUUGA